ACUAAACUUGUUAGUGCUGCGACACAGUCCUUUGUCUACCUUAACUUGCGUAACCCUGUCCAGGAAACAGUCUCAGGCAAAUUUGCAUGGCGCUGGCGUGAUUUGCCCCUUUCCCUGAUUCUUUGCCCGACGCUUCCCCCGCAGUCUCCGGUCGUUGUUGAUAUGAAAUUUCUUUGGGCCGUUCCCCUCCUUUUGUUCCCUGCAUGUUCUCUCCAUUCCGAGCGUUCGAGUGACUCGACACCAUGAGCAACCGACAGAAUUUGCAACAAUCCAACAUGAAGGAGCCGGUGGUGACCGGCUUUCAGAGCAUGGAGGUCAAUGAAGCCAAUGAUGUGGAUGAAGUCAAGGGAACACGGUAUGAUAUGACAGAGAUGGAUCGUAUGGGCAAGGCACAGCAGUUCAAAAGAAAUAUCCGUCCUCUGGCAGCGCUCAGUUUCUCUGCUGUGUUGCAGGCCACCUGGGAAUAUAUCUUGCUGUCCAACUAUCAAGGUUUGCAGGAUGGUGGGCUGGCAGGGAUGCUGUGGUCAUACGUCUGGAGUACCGUGGGUUUCGGCUUUAUCAUCGUUUCCCUAGCUGAGAUGGCAUCGAUGGCUCCCACGUCUGGCGGCCAGUACCAUUGGGUUUCGGAAUUCGCACCGGCUAGGUAUCAGAAAUUUCUGAGUUAUGUGACCGGUUGGAUGUCGGUUCUUGCCUGGCAAGCAGGCACGGCCUCCGGUUCCUACUUGACGGGGUCCAUCAUACAAGGGUUGAUCAGCGUCAGAGACCCUAGCUAUGACGCAACGGGUUGGCAGGGCACCCUGUUUGUCUUUGCCAUGAUUUUGGUUGCGUAUUACUUUAACGUGUACGCCUCGGGCCUCAUGGCCCGCAUGCAGAAUGUCCUGCUCGCUACCCAUGUGCUCUGCUGGGUAGUGAUCGUGGUAUCACUCUGGGUCCUGGCUCCCCUGCAGCCGGCUGAGGCGGUCUUCACCAAAUUCGAGAACUUUGGUGGAUUCUCUUCGAUGGGGUUGACGGUGAUGGUGGGCCAACUCUCCGCUAUUUAUGGUUGUCUGAGUUCGGAUGCAACAGCCCACAUGUCGGAGGAAAUCAAGGACGCCGGUCGUUAUGUGCCUAUUGCAAUCACAUGGUCAUACUUCGCCAAUGCGAUCCUGGCGCUGAUUGUGCUGAUCACUAUGCUUUUCGCCACUCCUUCCGUUGAAGAUGCCUUGAACGAUGAGUCAGGCUAUCCUCUGAUCUAUGUCUUCAAGCAGGCAACUGACACGUCCGGAGUCAAUGGCCUGAUGGCUAUUAUCCUGAUCCCUGUGAUUCUCAGCAACAUCCUAUUCAACGCCUCCACUGCUCGGCAAACAUUCUCUUUUGCUCGUGAUCUUGGACUGCCGUUCUCAAAAUGGACUGCGAAGGUGGACGAGAAGCGUAAGCUUCCGGUCAAUUCGGUGAUUCUGACCUGCGUUUUCAGUGCUCUCUUGGCUUUGAUCAAUAUUGGCUCCGAGACCGCUUUCAAUGCCGUAGUGUCUCUCAAUGUGGCAGCGCUCAUGUUCUCCUAUUCCAUCUCCAUGAGCUGUCUGAUCUGGCGAAAGCUCUACCACCCGGAAAGCCUGCCGCCUGCUCGCUGGGGACUGGGCCGCUAUGGUUUGGCUGUGAAUAUCAUUGGAUUGGUCUAUGUUCUCUUCGCACUGUUCUGGUCCUUCUGGCCAAGUGAGCUUCCUGUCGCGGCUGACAACUUCAACUGGAGUGUGGUGAUCUUCGUGGCUAUUUUCAUCCUGAGUCUGGUUAUGUAUGUGGUCAAGGGAAGACGGGAGUAUGAGGGACCAGUGACGUUGGUCAAAAAAGGUGGGCAUGACCUUUAAG